AUGGAAAAUCCAGAACAAAUUACAAUUUUGAGAAGAUCUUCAUCUCUAAAUGUUGAGAUCAACAGUCAACCUGACAAUUCGCCAACAUAUGAAGAGGCUGUUGCUAAUACUUCAAGAAUAGAUACAGAAAUUGAAAUUACUGAAGAAACAACUUCUGAACAAGAGUUGAGAAAUUACUUAACAGAAAGAAUGACUACAGAAUUUCAACGUUAUGAGAAUAGAAUUAAUUCUCUUGAAGAAACAAAUUUAACUUUAAAAGACUAUUUAAAUCGAGAAGUAGAAACAAAUUUUAAAAUAGAUACUUAUAAUCAAAAUGUAGAUAGAGCAGUUGAUAAUGUGUAUAGAAUUGUUGAUGAGUUGUUGGCAACUAAGAUCAAAAAACGUGAAUUGUAA